AACAUGAUCACUCAAAGUCCACAAGGGAUCAGUAAAUGCGACGUGCCUGAAGGGCAGGCCUCGGGCACAUUCCUCUCUGGUAGACAUUAACUUAUUAAAUUGACCCUGACUGCAAAUAUAAACUUUGCCCCCAUCUCACCUGGCAACCAUCAGAGGCGGGUUUGUCUAUAAAAGGAAGUGGGAACUGUCUCUUCAGGCUCCAGCAUCCCCCCCUCGAUCAAGAUGUGGCACCUUAAACUCUUUGCAGUACUCGUGAUGUGCCUGUUGCUGGCAGUCCAGGUCCACGGCUCCCCGGUACCGGAACUGAGUUCCGCCAAGAGAAGGCCGAGGAGAAUGACUCCAUUUUGGAGAGGGGUUUCCCUCAGGCCCAUUGGAGCCUCUUGCCGAGAUGAUUCGGAGUGCAUCACGAGGCUGUGCAGAAAAAGACGCUGUUCCCUAAGUGUGGCCCAGGAAUGAUGUAAACACCAGGGGGAGAGGACAGCACUUACCUGCGACAAUGCUCCGUUCUAUGGAAUAUUGGUUAACUGCAUUUGACUGGAGACACUUAAGUGAAGCAACCUUGUGUUUUUAAAGACAGAUGUAUGCUUUAAAUCGGUCUCCAUUUUUUCUUAGAAUGUUCAUAUGUAGAUAAGCCUAACAACUUGUCAACUUAAGAGUUUAUUUUUCUAUGUGUACUAUUAACUGUCUCCAAUUAAAAUUGUGGCAGCCUGGAAUUCA